AUGAUGUGGGGUUUCGUGGAGUUUCAUGAUGUGGGUUUCUUGGAAUUUCAUGAUGUGGGUUUCCUGGAAUUUCAUGACGUGGGCUUCCUGGAUUUUCAUUAUGUGGGUUUCCUGGAAUUUCAUGAUGGGGGUUUCUUGGAAUUUCAUGAUGUGGGUUUCCUGGAAUUUCAUGAUGUGGGUUUCCUGGAAUUUCAUGAUGUGGGUUUCCUGGAAUUUCAUGAUGUGGGUUUCUUGGAAUUUCAUGAUGUGGGUUUCUUGGAAUUUCAUGAUGUGGGUUUCAUGGAAUUUCAUGAUGUGGGUUUCCUGGAAUUUCAUGAUGUGGGUUUCAUGGAAUUUCAUGAUGUGGGUUUCCUGGAAUUUCAUGAUGUGGGUUUCCUGGAAUUUCAUGAUGUGGGCUUCCUGGAUUUUCAUUAUGUGAGUUUCUUGGAAUUUCAUGAUGUGGGUUUCUUGGAAUUUCAUGAUGUGGGUUUCCUGGAAUUUCAUGAUGUGGGUUUCUUGAAAUUUCAUGAUGUGGGUUUCCUGGAAUUUCAUGAUGUGGGCUCCGUGUCUAGCAGUGUCAUUCUGGAAUAUCGUGUGCUGAAUGCAUGGGGUGAAGAGAAGGUCUUUGGGUGCAAACUCCAGUCGCAUCAUCCCCUGCUCCAACUUAUCAAACCCGAAGACACGGUGUCUCUGAAGGAGGCCUUCAACGAGGUGACCUUCAAAGGCUUCGAGCGCGGCCGGACGCUGCACUUGUUGCGUCCGGGAAAUCAACGUGACACGCCGGCACAAUGCUUCCUUCUAUCUGCAGAUCAGGAGAAUCCCAAUGAAUGUAUGAUGGGCAUCCGGAUGCAGGUCACAGCUUCAGAUGAAAACGUCUCGGUGCUAUGGGACGUGGCCAAACCAAAUCCAGUGUUGACCCUAGAAGAUUUAGCUCGCCUGAAGAGCGGCUUGAAGCGCUCGCACCGCCGACCCUCACGGAACCUGCGGAACGUGCACCAGCGUUCGCACCGCUCCAGGUCAUCGGAUCCAAUUGCUUCUUCUCACUCACUCUCCAGCAUUCCUGAGGACCUGCACGGGGAGUUUGAAGAUGACGACGACGCGCGCUCCGUGUCCGACAUGUCCGACCGAGGUUCGGAGGCGGAGAACUCCUUCGCCGACGACAGCGAGAGCCGAUGCUCCAGUUCGGAGCACAGCUCAACGUCCAAUGACGAAGGCAUGUCGGAGGUGGGAGUUUGCAACUCCAGCCCGGCGAGAUCUGCCAGUGAGGACUUUGUCUCUGGCGCACACCAUGAGUGGAGUUCCAAUCCUUUCAACCUCUCCCCAAAGAAGAGUCGGCAUCACGAAGCCUUCUUGCCCGGCUACGGCCCCAAGCAUGGAGGGAUGCCAGCCAGG